AUGGAGGUUCAAGCCGUUCCAAAAGCGAAGGCUGUCUCUCGCAAACCAUCCAACAGAAACAUCACCGAGUCGCGGGAAGACAAGCAGCGACUAGCAGAGGCGCGGAAAAAAUACGGACGAGGCAAACAAAUCAAUGCGAAGAGCGUGAAGGACAGGAAGUUACGAAGCAAUCUAAAGAGCCUGGAAGCAAAAUAUAAAGAUGCAGCACUAAAGGCUAAGGACGCGGAGAUCCUGUUGGAAAAUGAGCACGGUUACUUGGAACCCGAAGGUGAGCUCGAGAAAACGUAUAAAGUACGACAAGAUGAGAUCAAGGACAGUGUGGGCAUAGAGACGGCAAAGAAGGGAUUCGAACUCAAGCUGGAGGACCUGGGUCCCUACUCGGCUGAUUAUACGAGAAACGGACGAAAGCUAUUGCUGGGUGGGCGGAAAGGUCAUGUCGCAACCAUGGACUGGCGAGACGGGAAGCUGGGAUGCGAGCUGCAGCUCGGAGAGACAGUGAGAGAUGCCAAAUGGCUGCAUAACGAUCAGUUCUUCGCUUUGGCGCAGAAGAAAUAUGUCUACAUAUACGAUCAUGCAGGGGUUGAGAUACAUUGUUUGAAUAAGCAUGUCGAGGCUACACAUCUAGAAUUUCUACCUUACCAUUUUCUCCUUGCCAGUGUUGCUACCAGUGGAUAUCUCAAGUACACCGACACAUCGACCGGCCAACUAGUAGCAGAACUAGCGACCCGUCAGGGCUCGCCGACUUCCCUUUGUCAAAACCCCUAUAACGCCAUCCUACACGUCGGACACCAAAACGGCACCGUUUCUCUCUGGUCUCCCAAUUCCUCAACAUCCCUCGUCAAAGCACUCACCCACCGCGGGCCAGUUCGGUCAGUAGCGGUCGACCGACAAGGCCGAUACAUGGUAUCAACAGGUCAGGAUUUGCGCAUGGCAGUAUGGGACAUCCGCAUGUUGAAGGAGGUUCAUAACUACUCCGUCCCCCAGCCUGGCUCCAGUGUAGCCAUCAGCGACCGCGGCCUCACCGCCGUUGGCUGGGGCACACAGCUCAGUGUUUGGAAAGGAUUGUUCACCGCUGCAGCUGCAGAACAGGAGAAGGUCCAAAGUCCAUAUAUGGCCUGGGGCGGCGACGGGAAACGCAUUGAGCGCGUCCGCUGGUGUCCAUAUGAUGAUAUUCUCGGCGUGUCGCACGAGAAAGGAUUUGCCAGCCUAAUCGUGCCGGGCAGCGGAGAGCCUAACUUUGACGCUUCCGAAGCCAACCCAUACGAGACCACGAAGCAACGACAGGAGGCAGAAGUCCGAGGACUGCUUACGAAGCUGCAGCCAGAGAUGAUAUCGCUCAACCCUGACUUUGUGGGCAAUCUUGAUCUCGUGAGCGAGGCUACGCGCAGAAAGGAGCGGGACCUCGAUCGGAAGCCUGAUGAUAUUAUUGAGAAGUUGAAGAAUCGGGGUCGUGGGAGGAAUAGUGCGUUGCGCAAGUAUUUGCGUAAGAAAGCGGGGAAGAACGUUAUUGAUGAGAAGAGACUCAAGGCUGAAGAGUUGCGGAAAGAACGGUCGUCUAGGGCGAAGGAGAAUCUUCAGCGCGAGAAGGCUGGUUUGGGGCCCGCCCUUGGACGGUUUGCGAGGGUGCGAUCCUCCUAG